AUGGCCACUCUAGUCAAUUUACUGGCACUUAAGCGCAAGGCGCACAACGAAGGUCGCCAGAACGCCGAAUUCAACCCCUUUAGCUUGAAUUUUAGAAAUGAGGCCCGAAGCCCGCGAUCCGAGACCUGGGAUGCCAGCAGUCGGCUCGAGGGCGGCCAGCUGCGCAGCCCCGGACUCCCAAGCCCUGGCAACGGUUUUCUCCCCCUCUCGACUUCGCAAUCAGCGCCAGUGCAACCAAGUUCAUCGAGGGGACCACGCUUCGUUAACCGUGGCCCUGCCGUUUCGAGAUCCGGCAAGGAACAAGAAGCCCCGCGUCGCGAUCAGCAUGACGAGGGAGCGGGGACAGGAGCUGGGACAGGAGCGGGAACCAACAGUGGGGGAGAUGCGUCUUUAGCUUCUCAGCAGUCGACGUCUCUUGGAACAAAUGCCGACGGCCAGAAUCUAGUGCGCAGAAAGACAACAUCGAGCCGCGAAUCGCAAUCAGACGCCAACGUCCUCGACCGCAACAAAGAGGGAGCCAUCGACGGCAGCGAGAAGAAGAAGAAGAACCGGACCUUCUUCAAACACCUCACGCCAAAGACACCUUUCACGGUUGGAAACCAGAUCACGCGCACUUUGUUCAACUCGUGGAUCAAUGUCCUGCUCAUUGCGGCGCCGGUCGGAAUUGCUCUCAAUUACGUCAAGGGCAUCAGUGGCGUUGUCGUCUUUGUCGUCAACUUUAUUGCCAUUGUGCCGCUAGCUGCCAUGCUCAGUUUUGCGACUGAGGAGAUUGCCUUGCGGACAGGCGAAACCGUAGGCGGCCUGCUGAACGCCACUUUUGGUAACGCUGUCGAACUGAUCAUUGCCAUCAUUGCCUUGAUAGACAACAAGGUAGUGAUUGUACAGACGUCUUUGAUUGGAAGCAUUCUGUCAAAUCUUCUGCUGGUUUUGGGCAUGUGCUUCUUUUUUGGCGGACUGAGGAGACAAGAGCAGUUCUUCAAUACGGUUGUCGCCCAAACGGCGGCGAGUCUUCUGGCUCUGGCCGUGGCCGGUGUUAUCGUGCCCACCGUGUUCGAUAUCGCAAGCAACACGCCCACAAGCGACGUCGCCAAGCUAUCGCGCGGCACGUCAGUCGUCCUGCUUUUUGUGUAUGGAGGGUACCUGUUCUUCCAACUCAAGACGCAUUCCAAGGUGUUCGCCGAGCCGAGUCAAAAGGUCGAGGCCAAGCCUUUCCGUCGCCAUAAAACCCCGAGCACUAAGAGUCUUGACGACAACGCGUUCGAACAAGGCAUCGUCAGACCGGCUGGUAUUUUCGUGGGGCACAGUCUCCCAGCGGAACAGACGGACAAUGAGAAGCUGAGGGAGCACCUGACAACACCACCGAAGACGGACGAGGAAGAGGAAGAGGAGGGCGAGGAACCUCAGCUGCACUUCUAUGUUGCCGUCGCUACCCUUCUCGUCUCGACCGUCAUCAUUGCCUUUUGCGCCGAGUUCAUGGUUGAUGGCAUUGACUCCGUUACCGGCACUAUCAGCGCCGAGUUUGUUGGUCUGAUCCUUUUACCUAUCGUUGGUAACGCUGCCGAGCACGCGACCGCUGUCACGGUCGCAAUCAAGGACAAGAUGGACCUGGCCAUUGGCGUCGCUGUCGGCUCGAGCAUGCAGGUUGCGCUCUUUAUCAUUCCCCUGCUCGUUAUUAUCGGCUGGGGCUUGGGCAAGGACGCCAUGUCGCUGAGCUUUGACCCUUUUCAGGUCGCCGUCCUCUUCGUCGCUGUACUUCUCGUCAACUAUCUGAUUGCCGACGGCAAGAGCCAUUGGCUGGAGGGCAUGUUACUAAUGUGUCUCUAUGUCAUCAUAGCUGUCUGUUCGUGGUGGUAUCCUACCAGCCAAAACGGAGAGAAGGACACCUCGGCAGGAGAUUCCAGCUUCAAUGUCACUUCGCGCAGCUAUUGA